AUGGUUCGUCAGAAGAACAAGAAGCGUGUACAGGCAAAGGACCAAGUGGUUCCUUCUGAAACUUGGUCAGCGGACGCUCAACAGGGGUCAACAAGUUUCUUUUCGGACGGGCGGGGAGACAUGCCCCUCAUAACCAUCCAUCCACCCUCCACCAGGUACACACCACCUGCGGACUUUGCAGCUACAACAUCAGCCAUCGACCCAUCGAGCCUUGGCCCUACCAUACCAGUGUAA